AUGACAGGAGGAUCUAGUUCUUCAUGUGGUGCAUGCAAGUUUCUGAGAAGAAAGUGUACUACUGAAUGUGUUUUUACUCCAUACUUCUGCUACAGCCAAGGAGCGCAACAUUUUGCCGCGGUUCACAAGGUUUUCGGCGCUAGCAAUGUCUCCAAACUUUUAAUGAAAAUCCCUAUGCAAAACAGAAGUGAAGCUGCUAUCAGUAUAUCUUACGAAGCAUUGGCUCGAAUGCAAGAUCCUAUAUAUGGUUGUGUGGCUCAAAUAUUGGCUCUCCAACAACAGGUGACGAGCUUACAGGAGGAGAUAGAUCAGCUAGUGAAUAACAUGAUGGUUUAUUCUUCAUUCGGACUGCCAAAUCAUGCAAGUUUACAAGAUAUAGAUAACAUGAAUGAUGGGUUACCGAUCUCUUUUCAGUUCAAUAAUGAUACUAGCAACUGUGAUAAUCUAAAUCAACAGACUCCGUCCUUGUCAGCUGCGCCACAAGUUUCUUGUUUGUUGGGCGAUUUGGAGGGCCAAAACGCUUCUCAUCGCAGUUUUCUGGAUCAUCCAAUGAUGGAAAAUGGUUGUGAUAUCUUGAACAUAUAG